AUCGUAUGCAGUCGAUCGCUUCAACAGUCAGUAUCCGGCAGGAUUUUCCAAGCGCAGUCAGUAUCUGAUCGGGGUUUAAACUGGACUCUCGCUGGAAGUAUUCGUUUGUAUCACUACGAAGAAAAAGAUGUCACAGCUGAAAUCCGACUUAGUUUGGGACAAGCUGAAUGAACGGCUGGCCCAAGUCGACCGGAACAAACGAACCUUUACGGCCAUUUUGUUCCUUCAUCUGCGACAAAAUGGGAAAGUUGUACGAAGUGUCGUUUUAGAUUUCGAUGCUUUGAAAAUUGAAGAAAUCGAAACCGGAGUAGCAUGUACCGAUACAUACCCUCCGGGAAGGAUCCAGGCCAAGAUAUCUAUCGACGACGAUGAUUUCUACUCGCUGGUUAUGAAGGACACUUCGUUUGCUGCUCUGAUUGAUCAGAAUAAAAUAACAGUCGAUGGAGACAAACAAGUUCUACUGACUCUGGAUGAAAAAUUUCGUAAGAAAUGAAACGGUUUAGUUGAGCUCAGAUGGGACACCUUUUUCCUGCUUUUAAUUGUAUUGAUUGUAAACUUGGCAUUAUUCAUCCGAGAGACCGCAUUUUCUAAAAGUUGCAAAUUAAACAAUUUUUUUACA